AUGCUGAAUGCUGUCUACCUGUUAAAGUCCCGACUUCUAGUGGACCUACUGGACUCUAGUCUCAACCAGAACCUACUGGACUCUAGUCCCAACCAGAACCUACUGGACUCUGGUCUAAACCAGAACCUACUGGACUCUGGUCUAAACCAGAACCUACUGGACUCUGGUCUCAACCAGAACCUACUGGACUCUGGUCUCAACCAGAACCUACUGGACACUAGUCUAAACCAGAACCUACUGGACACUAGUCUAAACCAGAACCUACUGGACACUGGUCUCAACCAGAACCUACUGGACUCUGGUCUUAACCAGAACCUACUGGACUCUGGUCUUAACCUACUGGACUCUGGUCUCAACCAGAACCUACUGGACACUGGUCUAAACCAGAACCUACUGGACACUGGUCUCAACCAGAACUUACUGGACACUGGUCUCAACCAGAACCUACUGGACACUGGUCUCAACCAGAACCUACUGGACACUGGUCUCAACCAGAACCUACUGGACACUGGUCUCAACCAGAACCUACUGGACUCUGGUCUCAACCAGAACCUACUGGACUCUGGUCUCAACCAGAACCUACUGGACACUGGUCUCAACCAGAACCUACUGGCCUUCACUAUCCCAGUGAUCCAGAUAGUGUAUGAGACUCUGAAGGAUCAGCAGGAGGGGAAGAAGGGGAGAACAGCUGUGAAGACUGGUGGAGCAGUCUUCAACAAAUGGCAGAUGAACCCGUAUGACAGAAGCACAGCUUUCGCCAUUGGACCAGACGGACUGUGUUGUCAAAGCAGGGAGUUUAAAGAAUGGCAUGGCUGUCGCUCUACCAAAGCCAUCACCAAGGGGAAGUACUACUAUGAGGUGUCAUGUCAUGACCAGGGCCUGUGUAGGAUCGGCUGGUCUACCAGCCAGGCAGCUUUGGACUUAGGUACUGAUAAAUACGGCUUUGGCUUCGGAGGAACGGGGAAGAAAUCUCACAACAAACAGUUUGACAGUUAUGGAGAGGAGUUCACCAUGCACGACACCAUGGGAUGUUAUCUGGAUCUGGACAACGGACACCUCUCCUUCUCCAAAAACGGUACUGACCUGGGCUUGGCGUUUGAGAUCCCAGCUCUUCUGAAGAACCAGCCCUUCUUUGCUUCCUGUGUUCUAAAGAACGCAGAGCUGAAGUUUAACUUUGGGGGGGAGGAGUUUAAGAAUCCCCCCAAGACGGGCUUCAUAGCGGUGGACCAAGCUGCUGAGGGACAUGUGGUCAAAUCCAGCCAGACAGGCAGCGUUAAGGUGUCGGAGGUAAAGACUUCGUCCUGUGGUCCCAAAGCUCUGAUCGUUGAGCCGUCUAAAGAGCUUGCUGAACAGACCCUCAACAACGUUAACCAGUGUAAGAGAUAUGUGGACAAUCCCAAGCUCAGAGAUCUUCUGAUCAUUGGAGGGGUCCCUGCUAGGGACCAGCUGGCUGUACUGGAACAAGGGGUGGACAUCGUGGUCGGGACACCAGGUCGUCUAGAUGACCUCAUCUCUACGGGGAAACUCACCUUGUCUCAAGUCCGCUUCCUGGUCCUGGAUGAGUGUGAUGGGCUCCUCACUGCCGGCUACACCGACUUCAUCAUGAGAAUCUACAACCAGAUUCCUCAAGUCACCUCGGACGGCAAGAGACUUCAGGUGAUAGUCUGCUCAGCCACGCUCCACUCCUUCGACGUGAAGAAGUUGUCAGAGAAGAUCAUGCACUUCCCCACGUGGGUGGACCUGAAGGGGGAGGAUUCUGUCCCUGAGACCGUCCAUCACGUGGUCGUCCCCGUUAACCCUAAACACGACCGCAGCUGGGAACGCCUAGACCGCAAGAACCACAUCCAGACUGAUGAGGUCCAUGCUAAAGACAACACCAGACCAGGAGCCAACAGUUCAGGUCAGACUGACCCCCCUCCCCUCU